UGCAACCAGCAGGCUGUUCCUCAUCGAUGUGUAUGUGUGUAGGAACUAGGUGCGAGCAGAGCCGGGGUUCACGUGGAAAAUGCAUCUGCUGCAGUUUGAAAUGUAAGCUACCGCAGCCAACAGCUGGAUGAACACAAGUGGCGCCGAUUGAAUGACAGUAAACAUGAUCGUGGAGUGGUUUCAAUAAACAAUGUCUGUCAGCGAUCCGCGAAAGGCGCUUUGUUAAUGAAACUUGUGAAUUAUUGAGAGAGUAGUGAGCGGCACACGGGAUAAACUGCAGUGUGUUGGACUGAGGGGGGCUGGAAGCGGCGUGGCUUCCCCCAGCUCCAGCUUUCCCCACUCACUCCGAGAGCAUGGCUCUGUUGGUCCACCUGAAAACCGUCACCGACCUCCGAGGGAAAGGAGACAGGAUCGCCAAAGUAGCUUUCCGAGGGCUCUCAUUUUAUACAAGAGUUAUAGAAAACUGUGAAGAUGAAGCACCAUUUGAUGAGACUUUCCGAUGGCCUAUUGCCAGUAACAUCGAUGGAAAUGAGAUGUUGGAGAUCCAAGUUUACAACUACAGCAAAGUCUUUACAAAUAGAUUAAUUGGGACUUUCGCAAUGGUAUUACAGAAGGUAGUGGAGGAAGGACAGCUUGAAAUAUCAGACACUUUAAUAGAUGACAACAACAGCUCAAUCAAGACCUGUGUCUCCAUUGAGAUAAAAUACCAGGCUAUGGAUGGGACUGUUGGAGCCUGGAAUGACAGUGAAUUCUUAGAAAAUCCGAACCAAAAAGCAGCGCAUGAGGCAACCUUUCAAUUUGAGACCGACAGUUUACUCUCCGGCAGUGGCCAGAGUCAGGGAUCAGGAACUUCUCCAGGUCGAUCCCACCAAUGUCUCUUAGGAGAAAGGAAAAACGCAGGAAAAGACAUUACCAAACCUAAGGAUGACAAGGGGAAAAAAGAAAGCAAAGAAAAAACAAGUGGAAAAGGAGUCUUCUCAGGAAUGAAACUUGGAAAGGCACGUCAUGCUAAAGAUGAUCAUAAGAAGAGUCAUGGAGAUGAACCUGCAGUCCUGGAAACAGAAGACCUGGAUAGAAAAGCCAUGCGGCUUGGUGGGGGUUUGGAUCCUGACACCAUCUCACUGGCUUCUGUCACUGCCGUCACCACCAAUGUCUCAAACAAAAGGUCAAAACCUGAUAUCAAAAUGGAACCCAGUGCAGGUAGACCCCAGGACUACCAAGUGAGUAUCACAAUCAUUGAAGCAAGACAGCUCGUGGGAUUGAACAUGGACCCAGUUGUAUGUGUUGAAAUCGGGGAUGAGAAGAAAUAUACAAGUAUGAAGGAAUCAACAAACUGCCCCUAUUACAAUGAGUACUUCGUCUUUGACUUUCAUGUAUCUCCAGAUGUCAUGUUUGAUAAAAUAGUCAAGCUCUCGGUAAUUCAUUCCAAAAACCUCCUGCGUAGCGGGACGUUGGUGGGCAUGUUCAAGCUCGAUAUAGGAACUAUCUAUUCACAGCCAGAACAUCAAUUCUACCACAGAUGGGCCAUACUGUGUGAUCCUGGGGACAUCACUACUGGGGUGAAAGGCUACUUAAAGUGUGACAUCGCUGUCGUUGGGAAGGGCGAUAAUAUCAAGACACCACACAAGUCUAAUGAGACUGAUGAAGACGACAUCGAAGGGAACUUAUUGCUCCCUGAAGGGGUACCCUCAGAGAGGCAGUGGGCAAGGUAUUAUGUCAAGGUCUACAGAGCAGAGGGACUUCCGAAGAUGAACACCAGCAUAAUGGCUAAUAUGAAGAAGGCAUUCAUUGGAGAAAACAAAGAUUUAGUCGAUCCCUAUGUUCAAGUAUCAUUUGCAGGACAAAAGGGAAAAACCAGUGUCCAAAAAAGCACAUAUGAACCAACAUGGAAUGAGCAAGUUAUAUUUACUGAAAUGUUCCCACCUCUCUGCACACGAAUAAAAAUCCAGAUCCGAGAUUCCGACAAAGUGAAUGAAGUUGCUAUAGGAACACAUUUUGUUGAUCUGAGAAAGAUUUCAAAUGAUGGUGACAAAGGGUUUCUGCCCACCUUUGGUCCUUCCUGGGUGAACAUGUAUGGGUCCACGCGUAACUACACCUUGAUGGAUGAACAUCAGGAUUUAAACGAGGGUCUCGGUGAAGGGGUAUCGUUUAGAGCCCGAUUACUCAUUAGCAUUGGUAUGGAAGUCUUAGACACAGCCUCAACAGAAAUAAUGAGCUCCACCGACGUUCAAGUGGAGUCAAUACAACAGAUAUCAGAUCUUGCAACAGGGAAAUUAGAAGAGUUCUUUCUCUUUGGAGCCUUCCUGGAAUCAACAAUGCUUGACAGAAGAAUUGGAGAUAAACCAGUCAAUUUUGAAGUUACAAUUGGUAACUACGGAAACCAAAUUGAUGGAAUAAGCAAGCCAGCUGCUCGCAAGAAAAAAGGGGGAGGGGACACUGAUGAGGAGGAGUCAGAACUUCUUCAGAACUCGAGUGAAGAUGAAGUCGAUGAUGAUGGAGACCUGGAGCCUGUGUCCUGCACUCCACCGAUGAAACCCGUUAUUACUGACAGAAACUACUUCCACUUGCCAUACUUUGAAAAGAAACCAUGCACCUACAUCAAAAGCUGGUGGCAAGACCAGCGAAGGCGCCUCUACAAUGCAAAUAUUAUGGACAAGAUCGCAGACAAGCUGGAGGAGGGCCUCAAUGAUGUUCAGGAGAUCCUGAAGACAGAGAAACCCCACCCAGAGCGUCGGCUCCGAGGUGUCCUGGAGGAAUUGAGCACUGGUUGCAGCCGUUUUGUGUCACUGGCAAACAAGGAUCAGAGCGCAGCAGGGAGGACAAAACUGGAUAGGGAGAGGCUUAAAUCCUGCAUAAGAGAAAUGGAGAACAUGGCACAGCAAGCGAAGACGAUGAGAACACAGGUAAAGAAGAACACACUAAAGGACAAACUUAAACAGGUCCACGUGUUUCUUCAUAAACUCCGCUUUAUGGCUGAUGAGCCUCAGCACAGCAUCCCUGAAAUAUUCAUCUGGAUGAUGAGCAACAACAAACGGAUUGCAUAUGCUCGAAUUCCAUCCAAGGAUAUUCUUUAUUCCAUAGUAGAUGAGGAAACAGGCAAAGAUUGUGGCAAAGUUAAGACCGUGUUUCUCAAGCUUCCAGGAAAGCGAGGCUUUGGGACUGCAGGUUGGACUGUUCAAGCUAAAAUCGAGGUUUACUUUUGGCUGGGAUUAAAUAAGCAGCGGAAGGAUUUCCUGAGUGGCCUGCCCAGUGGAUACGAAGAGAACAAAGCGGUCAAGCUCCAAGGAUUGCAGACCUUCCCUCCUAUAAGCCUGACCUAUACCAAGAAGCAGCUCUUCCAGCUCCGAGUUCACAUGUACCAAGCACGAAGCCUGUGUGCUGCCGACAGCAGUGGCCUGUCAGAUCCUUUUGCACGUGUCUUCUUCUCUACACAGAGCCAAUGCACUGAGGUUUUGCAGGAGACUCUAUGCCCAACAUGGGACCAGUUGCUGGUGUUUGAUAAUGUUGAGCUAUAUGGUGAAGCACAGGAACUUAGAGAUGACCCUCCCAUUGUUGUCAUUGAAAUUUAUGACCAGGAUACUGUGGGGAAAGCGGAGUACAUUGGUCGAACGUUUUCAAAGCCUGUGGUGAAGAUGGCAGAGGAGGAAUACUGUCCUCCUCGCUUCCCUCCACAACUGGAGUAUUAUCAGAUCUACCGGGGCAAUUCCACUGCUGGAGAUUUGCUGGCUGCCUUUGAACUCCUGCAGAUUCCUCCCUUGGGAAAACACAAUCUGCCACCAAUUGAUGGUCCAACAGACUCUGACCGUGGUCCAAUUCUCCCUGUUCCGAAGGGUAUCCGGCCUGUGCUGAGCAGGUACAGGAUUGAGAUUCUGUUUUGGGGUCUGAGGGAUCUGAAGCGUGUGAAUCUAGCACAGGUUGACCGGCCAAGAGUUGAUAUUGAAUGCGCUGGGAAAGGUGUUCAAUCUGCAGUUAUUCAGAACUACAAGAAAAAUCCAAAUUUCAGUAUUUUGGUCAAGUAUUUUGAAGUGGAUCUGCCAGAAAAUGAACUUCUUCACCCUCCUCUUAAUAUCCGUGUGGUAGACUGCCGUGCGUUCGGCAGGUACACUCUGGUUGGCUCACAUGCUGUUGGUUCCUUGAGAAAGUUCAUCUACCGACCACCAGAUAACAAAGUUCAGAACUGGGUGAAUGCAGCGAAACUAAUGCAUGGAUACCAGGCAUUGGCAAACGGAGGUCCGCUCUUUCACCCUGCAGGAGAUAUCAACAUUAACAUGGAAACAGAGGUCCCAGUGAAGAAAAUGGAGACUGUUGUCAAGCUGGAUGCGAACUCCGAUGCUGUUGUUAAGGUUGAUGCGAACGAGGAUGAGAAAUCAAAAAAGAAGAAAAAAAAGAAGGGGGAGGAAAUCGAAGAGGAGGAGCCCGAUGAAAGCAUGCUGGACUGGUGGUCGAAAUAUUUUGCCUCCAUCGAGACACUCAUGGAGCGUAUCCGACAGCAGGAAGCAGCUGCAGCUGAGGCAGAGGAGAAGGAGGACAUGGAAAUAGCAGCGGAGGGUAAAUUAGAUCUCAAAAUUGAUGACUCUCCUAUGAAAGGCACAAAACAGUCCAAGAGUAAAGACAAGACCAAAGCACAGGAGAAAGAGAAGAAGAAGAAACAGCUUGAGAUGGUUGAAAAGAAGGAUAAGGUGAAAAUUGAUGAAUUACAGGUUUAUGACAAGGAAUUAGAGACAGAGUUUGGAAACUUUGAAGACUGGCUCCACACUUUUAAUCUUUACCGAGGCAAAAUUGGAGAUGAUGAUGACAGCUGCACAGAUGAAGAAAGAAUUGUUGGGAGAUUUAAAGGCUCCAUCUGUGUGUACAAAGUACCUCUACCAGAAGAUAUUGCUCGAGAAGCAGGGUAUGAACCCACGUUUGGGAUGUUCCAGGGAAUUCCAAACAAUGACCUUGUCAAUGUUUUAGUCAGAGUGUAUGUCGUAAGGGCCACAGACUUACAUCCAGCUGACAUCAAUGGUAAAGCAGAUCCAUACAUUGUCAUUAAGCUCGGCAAGACUGAAAUCAGAGACAAGGAGAACUAUAUUUCCAAGCAACUCAAUCCUGUUUUUGGAAAGUCUUUUGAUAUUGAAGCCACAUUCCCGAUGGAGUCUAUGCUGACUGUGUCAAUAUAUGACUGGGAUUUAGUGGGUACAGAUGAUCUAAUCGGAGAAACCAAACUAGACUUGGAAAAUCGCUACUACAGCAAACACAGAGCAACAUGUGGCAUUGCACAGCAAUAUUCUGUUCAUGGAUACAAUAUGUGGAGAGAUCCUGUGAAACCAACACAACUGCUGACCAAACUCUGCAAAGAAAACAAAAUAGACGGACCUCAUUUCGGACCAGGAGGAAGAGUGAAGGUUGCUAACAGAGUCUUUACAGGACCAACAGAGAUUGAGGAUGAACAUGGUGUAAAGAAAGAGACCGAUGAACACUUGUCCCUCAUUGUUCUACACCACUGGGAGGAGAUGCCACGAGUUGGCUGCAAGUUGGUCCCUGAACAUGUGGAAACCAGACCUCUGCUAAACCCUGAGAAACCAGGCAUUGAGCAGGGUCGCAUUGAAAUGUUCGUUGACAUGUUUCCAAAGGACAUGCCUGCACCAGGCGCGCCAAUUGACAUAUCACCACGGAAACCAAAGAAAUAUGAGCUUAGAGUGAUAGUUUGGAAUACUGAUGAGGUUAUCUUGGAAGAUGAUGAUUACUUCACUGGAGAGAAAUCUAGUGACAUUUUUGUCAGGGGCUGGCUGAAAGGACAACAGGAGGACAAGCAAGACACUGAUGUACACUAUCAUUCAUUGACUGGAGAAGGCAAUUUCAACUGGAGGUUUAUCUUCCCCUUUGAUUAUUUGAUGGCUGAGGAGAAGAUUGUCAUCUCUAAGAAGGAAUCCAUGUUUUCCUGGGAUGAGACAGAGUACAAGAUCCCAGCUCGCCUGACUCUGCAAGUGUGGGAUGCUGACCAUUUCUCAGCAGAUGACUUCCUUGGUGCGAUUGAAUUGGACCUGAACCGAUUUACACGUGGAGCAAAAACAGCUAAACUCUGCACCAUUGAAAUGGCGACAGAUGAAUCGGCUUUCCCUACUGUUUCCAUUUUCAAACAGAAGAGGGUGAAGGGCUGGUGGCCAUUUGUGGCCAGAAAUGAAAAUGAUGAAAUGGAGCUUACAGGUAAGGUGGAGGCUGAGUUACACUUACUGACAGCAGAAGAAGCUGAGAAGAGCCCUGCAGGACUGGCUCGUAAUGAACCAGAGCCGCUGGAGAAACCAAAUCGGCCAGACACCUCUUUUAUUUGGUUCCUCAAUCCACUCAAAUCCAUCAAAUACCUCGUCUGCAACAGAUAUAAGUGGCUCAUUGUGAAGAUUGUGCUGGCUUUGUUACUGUUGAUUAUGAUAGGCCUUUUCCUUUACAGCAUGCCCGGUUACAUGGUAAAGAAAUUACUUGGUGCAUGAAUCAUCAGCAUCGUCAUGUAUUCACUGCAACUAACAGCUAAUAUUUUUAGUAAAACAUUGUUUUGUGUGUCUGAAUUAACAUAUACGAGAAAGGAGGCGGAAACAUGACAGUGGCUGGGGGAUCACAUUGAAAACUUCUCUGUUCCAUUUUAACAAUGCAUUAUUUUGCAUCAUUAUUUUGGCGUGUGUGUGCAGUUCUCCAGAAUUACUGUUUGAACUGUUGUCUUUUUUCUUGCUCUCAUUAUCACAGAAACUUUGUUUGAAAAGUUAUAAGUUUUGGAAUUUAUAACGUGAGAAUUUGUAACUCUUAUCAUUUGUGUUGUGUAAUUUUCUCACUUUUUUUUCACUCAUAUUAAAAAGUAACUUGUUUGACCAGUUUAUCCUGGUGUCUCACCUAAUGCAUGUUGCCUAGCUUCUGCUUUGGAGAAACUAAGAAUCUUAGAUCACUGGAUUCCUGGCUUAACUAUUUCUUUUACUCACAGUGGCCUUGAUAAUCUUCAGCAUACCCCAACAAACACAUGAAAAAAUGUUCAAUACUGCAAUGUGAUUUUAUGAAAUAAGCUCGUCAAAAAUUAAUCUUGCUUUAGAAUACCUUUCUUGGGGAGGACAAACAACUGGUGUCAACAAGGGACUAACUUAAUCAAUGUCAUGAUUAUAACGAACACAUAGAUACUGGAUUCAUCCUAGAAACCCUACAGUGUGGAAACAGGCCAUUCGAGCCAAAAGUCCACACUGACCCAUCGAGCAUCCCACCCACAUCCACCCCCCCCCCCCCUUUUACCACACCUAAUUUACACAUCCCUGAACACUACGGGCAAUUCAGCAUGGCCAAUCCACUAGCCUGUACAUCUUUGGACUGUGGGAGCAAACCCGAGCACCUGGAGGAAACCCACGCAGACACGGGGAGAAUGUGCAAACUUCACACAGUCACCAGAGGGUGGAACUGACCCGGGUCCCUGGUGCUGUGAGGCAGCAGUGCUAACCACUGAGACACCGUACUGCCCUUCUCUAGGUAUGGGUGCAUAAAAUUUUAAGAACAUACAGGGUGACCUGUUGAAAACAAGUUUCACGAACAGCCCACUGUCAGUAGGCAAAGUAAUUUGCUUGGAAAUUCCAUGGCUUUUAUGUAAAAUUUUAUUUUAACAACAAAUUCCAUUAUAUGGUGCAAAUGAAGACAUUUGAGAGAUUUGUUGUAGCAUUUUUGAACAGCGAUGAACGUAUAUGUCCAAGGUCACAUAUAGAAAAACCUUUUAUCUUUCUAUCAGACCACUGAGUAUUAAUAUAAUUUUCAAAACUAAUAGAUAAAGUAAAGUAGCACUUUACAAGGCAUGAUUGCACUGUGGAAAAUAGCAUACAAAAUGCCUACAGAACAAUGUUCUAUGUAUCUGCUUUGUAAUUGGUGAUUGUCUCCCUUUAUAAUACAUUUCUCAUUGUGUACAUCCAUGAAAAUAUGAAAAUACGAUUGUUUGUUCACAAAAGCCUGUCAUGUUCUAUUUUGUUUUUGUGUAAUUAACUUCUGGAUCCUGAUGUGAAAACAAUCCAAAGAAAUGUACUAUUAAAAUUUGAAAUAAAGUACCAAAAAA